AUGGGCCAUACCGUUGGAGAUGCCACUCGACGCUCAGUCGAAGCCGUCCGCAGAGUAAGCACCCGCACAAGCUGUACACCAAUUUCAGCCUCCGAAUGGGAGCACAUAGAGGUGGUCCUCUUGGAGAACUCCGAAGUGGAGCAUGUGUCAUCGCUUAUCCUGGACCACGAUUCAAGGUUUCGUGCCGAGGUGUUUAGGCGAGACGAAGCUCCACUGAGGGGGCAAAACAUGCCAAAUCCCGAAGGAGAUGAAGGAGCCAUGAAAGGUGCAAUGCAGGCACGAGGGAGUUGGAGGCCCUGCGGCAGAGGCGUGGAGCUCAUUCUAGCAGCGGAAGAGCAGCUUGGACUGGAGGAGCUCGUGAUCUUGUAUCGCUCCAAGCGUGGUUGCUUGGUGGCAGAUACCUCUCUACAAGCUCUCCCAGAUGGCCUGGCACAGGAAUAUUCGCUCUGCGCUCCUUUGCAGCACGAGGCCACCGUGCAUGCGGAGGUCUGUGAUCCCAUCAAUUCCGGGAGCGAGGCAUACGAGGAUGACUUUGAAGAUGAUGAUAGCGUGGACGACUCAAGUGCCUCAGUGCUCCAUCGCAUCUCCGAGCCCUGA